AUGGUGUCGAUCAUGAAGCAACAUUCUCUCUUGCUCUCACUCUUCACCAUUGCCCUGAUCUCCGGCCCAACGCUGGCCCAGCAGCCACCGGCCGAGGCACCGGGCCCAGCGGCCGCGGUCGCCAAGCUGGGCCCGAUCAACGUGGUCAAGAUCCUGACCAAGGCGAAGACCUUCAAGUCCUUGGUCCGCCUCCUCGAAACGACGCAGCUCGACAGCAACCUCAACAACCAGCUGGGGGACUCCAACAACGGCAUCACCAUCUUCGCCCCGAACGACGCCGCUUUCGCCAAGCUGAAGCCGGGCACCCUCGGGCAGCUGACCAGGCAGGAGAAGCUGCAGCUGGCGCAGUUCCACAUCGUCCCGGUCUUCAUCUCCCGGUCCGACUUCGACUCGGUCGGGAACCCGGUCCAGACCCACGCCGGCUCGGGCGACCUGCUCCAGCUCAACGUGACGUCCACGGGCGGUGGGCCCGUGAGUUUGGAGACCGGGGUGACUAAUGCUACUCUAUCCGACACCGUUUAUAUGGACGCCCACUUGGCCAUUUACCAGGUGGACAAGGUGCUUCAGCCCAUGUCCAUCUUUGGCGCUCCGGAUCGGGCCCAGUCGCCGGCGCCCGCCGCGGCGAAGGGGAAAGGGGGUAAGAGUGGUGACGUCGGGGAUGACGAGAGCGGUGACGACGGCGGUGAUGAUGAUGGUGGGGUUGGCGGGAAACGCUCUUCCGCGGCGGUUGUUGUUCAUAGUAGUACUGUUGUUGUUGCUGUGUUUGUGGGAGUGAUUUCUGUAGCUUUAAACUUGUUGCAUUAUGGUUUGACCGUGUGA